UUUUCACGACGCGCGAAUUUGUGUCCCGUCGUCGUCUGGCCAUCGCGUUUGACGCUCCAAUCGCUCCAUUCUCCAAUCGAGCCGAGGAACGAUAACCUAAUUUGUUCGACGAUUACGUGAAGUAUAGACGAUUGCUUAAUUCGCCUGUAUAGGACACAGGGAGAAAAUGGAGAAGAACCUGGGUUUUGUUAACGCACAACCUUCGGCCCCUCUACCAACGGCUCCGCCGUCUUACGAGGAAGCCAUAGCUAACACAGCAGGAGCACCUACGCACCCUCAAGCUAUUCCCACACCGUAUCCUCUGGGAAGUGCGCCAAUACAAAUGCCUAUGCCAUACAAUCAACCAUCAAAUCAAACUACGAUGCCUAUGCCAUCAGUUUUCCCGGGUUCGAGUCGAUCAACAUCACAACCGUGUUUCAAUGCCGAAUCGAAUUCUGUACCGCGAACACAAGUACGGGUCGUUCAACAACAUGUAGUGCUCACCCUAGGGCCGAAUGCAGUGAAAAUGUCCUGUCCGACGUGUCGCGCCGAUAUCAAAACUACCACAAUAUCGGAUCAUCAGCCAAGUGCUCAUAUUUGCUGCGUCAUACUCUGCUUACUUGGAUGCUGUCUUUGCUCAUGCCUGCCAUAUUGUAUGAAUGCUUUCAUGAGUGUUCAUCACUUUUGUCCAAACUGCAAAAAUUAUAUUGGCACGUGGAAAGGUUGAUUUUACUCGCGCACAUACGGUUCCAACCUCGUGUAUCGAGAUGCUCUGCAAUUCUAUAAGGAACUACUCGAUACCCUUCGUUUA